AAAACAUUAAGAGGGCACUUUUCAAGAUGGCAGCCUACUAUGCAGGGUUGCAUAAACGGCUGAAGGAUAACUCGGUACCGAUAUGUGACCGUAUUAAGCUAGCAAGAUUUGGUUGGGUGUCUAACCAAUGCUUCCUACCCAACAAACACCAAGUUUUACUGGACUGGGUCUCGUUUCGACUUGUUAAUAGUGAGAAAGAUGGUACAUCAAGUACUGAUGAACAGUCUUUGUGGCUCUUCAUGCAUGAUGCCCUCAAGAGCCAAGAAUUGUUCACCCUUCAACAGGAAGGCAAACCAAUAUGUCUGCGAGGAAACCUGUGCUCUGCCCUUCUAUCCACCCUGUUGAAAGAGGAUGUAUUUGACAUCGUGAUUGGCUGCUGUGAGAUCAUACUGACCAAUGAAAAGCUUCGUUUUGUACAGAACACCAAGUUUGAAUCCUUGGUUGCUGUGACUGUUGUUCUGAUGGAGAUGGCUACCAAACAGCUAGAGUGUGCCACAUGUACUGAUGAGCAUGGUCAGCUUUUAAGAGUCAUCGUCAAGGCGUUGACUAAAUGCGCUUCUCUUCUUCCGCAGCAGCAGAAUGGCAAAAAGGCCUACAAUUUAACGAGUGAACAAUUGAUCAUCCCAUGCCUGAAUCUGUGUACAAUACUCUCAGCACAUCACCAUGACAACAAUGAGUUGUGUAUCACCAGUGUGAAUGCCCUAAAAACUUCAGUUCGAAGCCUUCUUUUUAGUCGGAACAUGGCAGAGGCAUACAAGAUGUACUUGAUGUCGGAAGAGGGCGACAAACAAAAGAAAGAUGGCCGAGUGUGGGCUGAUGUUGUGGAUAAGUUCAUGGAAUUCUUACGCUCCAAGGCUGGACAGGAUGGUGUCUUGUGUGGGUUACCAAUCAUCUAUUCUGCAUUUCUCACCAGUUUCAGGCCCACACCUGAUUUGACCUUUGCGAUGCUGCAGAAGUUGUGUAGUUUGAUGAGCUUCAAAAGUGAUGAUGAUGAUGAUGAAGAUACUGCUUGGGAUCAUAAGAUCACUACCUUGGAAGAACUACUUAAAUUGGCAACCUCUCACAAGUGCUAUUCUGUUGUGGAAGAAGAAACAGAGAGGGCAAAGAAAAUGGAAUGGUUUAAAGAGAUUGUCUCCCAUCUUAUGGCUAAUAAAAAGCUCCACCCGUCCUGGUUUGGCUGCCUAGAUAUCGUCUUCUCAUUGGACCAUAGUAUCUUAGCAUCAAGAAUGCAGGAGGUGUGGCCUUGUCUCCUAGCAACCAAUGUUUCAAUAGCAACAUUGAAAGUUAUCCAUGAUAAUGAAUCUAAAGUGACUGAGUCUCGAGAUGCUUUUUUGAAAUCAGUGAUGGACACUUACAUGAAAUUAAGACAGGUUGAUAAAAUGACCAAGGUCCUGUUGACGUCCAUCUUAACAAAAAAGGAGUUUUCAUCUUCAAUUCAGCUACCAUCAAGCUUUCUUACCAGCUUCGGUACAGUAGUGGAGUCACUCACACCAGGCUCAACUGUUACAUUGUGGGAUAUCAUCAUGAGCGACAUCACAACCAAUCACCUACCAGCUGUCUUGAAUUACAUGACAUUGUUUGACAUUGACGCGCCGCCUGCUAAGAAGAAAAAGAAGCCAAAACAGAUGGCGAGCGGAAACAAUGAUGCUAUCGCCCGGUUUGAAGUAGCCGCUUCAAUUCUCUACGCAUUUCUUGUGAAUUCCAGGAUGGCUGAUGCUGCCGAGGUUGGUCAGGUCAAAGGUCAAGUGCUGAAGCUCUUUGACGAGAUGGCUGAUGAUGUGCUAAAACCGCUACUUGGAAUAUUUUCACAUGAAAAUCAGAGCCUUGCAUUCUCAACUCUUCUACUUUGCCAUGGGUUGGGAGAGCUGCAUUUAUUGCUUAGACAACACACCAACCUUAUGGAGAGAAUACCCCUCCCAACAUUUAGCACCCCUAUGAAGAAUGGAGAGGUCCAUUUCUUACACACUUAUUCCUCUGCUCCUGAUUGGCUGAAAGUAAUGUCUCCUUCAGGUGGAGAAGGAAAUGAGAAGUUGUGCUUCCUGAAAAAUCAGUUGCUAUGGCAACAAGCCAGAGGACUAGUUCUCCAUGGUAAUCUUGAGGAGUCUGUAGUAACUAUGAGCCUUAGAAACUGCAUCUCUCAAGCCCUAGACCUGGAUGUAGAACAGUCAGAAUGUAACUCCGCCAGUUGGGAUGGCUUGAUCAGUCAUAUGAAGAAUAGCAACAUCUACACAGCCCUCCUGACUAGUCUCCUCCACCAGUCUUUAACCCUUUUGACAUUCAUGAAUGAGAGCAUGCACUCAUCAUUGGCUAGUCUUCUGUGCCAGGCUGUUUGUGGGUCCAGUCAGUCUGAGCAUGAUGCCAGUGAAUGCGUCUAUACAGCCAGACAUGCAGCUUUGGGGUUCUUGGAUUCAGAAGCCUGUAGGGAGUCUAGGCCAAUGCAGAAUGCUGUAGUGGAAGUUGUAGCAGACAGGAUGAAGGAACUAAACCAAACAAUAGAGGGAGGUGAUACUGGCAGAAGCAAAAAGGAGAAAGGUGCCCUUUCAAAACAGAAGAAACGGUCUAUAAAACAAUUGCACCAUUCCCAAGGCAACCAAAUAUCACCAGGGGAUGAUGUAUUCAAGACAGGAUUCAAACUCAUCAAGAUUCUAAGGCAUCUUCCUCUGGUGCACCUGUCUGCCGGCAACCAGUUGAAAUGCAUGAUGGGAUUGGUGAUGUUAGAUAGACAGACUGUUUCCUGCAUCGAGACAGGGUCUGUGGGAGGAAGUCUACCAUCAUGUGACCUUGUAGAGUUAUCUACGGAGAUCAGAAGGAUACUGACGACCAUCUUGAAGGGUGUUCAGGGGGAUGAGGUGUUGAGGAACGAAGAAAUCAAUUUGUGGUUCUUUUCGCACUUGACUGAACUGGCUGGUCUUCUUAGUCAGGAGGACUCAAGACUUGUGACUUUACCAGAAUACAAAGAAGUUUCCAAAGAUCUGAUUGCAUUGUGGCUCAAGAAAGCAACAUGGUCAGGAGGUUCUCUGCCAAUGUUUGACAAGUAUCUGAAAUCGUUUCAUCAACACAUAGUAAGGUGCCUCAAAAAAUUGAAGUCUUCCAAGAAAUCAAUCUCUCCACCAGGUGUUUUCACGAUGCUCUCCAUCGCUGUGACUCUUCUCAACCAAAGUGCUUUAGCUUGCAAGCAUAAAACAGCUGAUGCAGAGUCUAAGGAGAUACUCGUCCUCAUCGCUGAUGUUCGUUCCUCUGUAUUUCAACUGUUGAGUCAGAUUCUUUCGUCUCUUAGCAGUCGAAACUCCAGUCAUCAGCUCAAAGAUGUGUUCAUGUCUGCAAGGACACUGUUAGCCAGCGCCGACUCGACCAAGAAACUCAACCGCCAUGGAAAGGAGAACAAAGACAAUGAACCAAGCGAAAACACAAGCGAUCAGUGUGGCCAGGACAUCUCUGGCAGUCAGCAUUUCACUACCUGUCACCAGAAGGCACUCUCCAUCUUCUCUGCCGAGUUACAGAGUGAUGAUUCUGAUGAUGCCUUGAUGACGUCGUGUCUAGAAUACCUUGCUUCUCACUGCAGUAUCACCAGGAAACCGCUGGAAUCUAAGACUAUCUGGACACAACUACAUUCUCAUCUGCCUAUCAUCUCAAGGAAAUGUCAUUCUUCUGUAAGACAACAGUUUGCAGGACUCCUCAUCAUCACAUUGGGCAUCAUGGAAACAGAGGACUUAAAUUCAGAACUUCAACAGAUGCUGAAAAAUAUGGAACUUUGUGAUAGCAAUGCUAAUGUGAUUGGCAUAUUAGAAGCAUGGCAACUGUUGCCAGGAGCAGUGCUCUCAGAUGAAAGUUAUAUGGUCGUCAUGGAAAUGGUGCCUAAGGUCCUGGAUAGAUGUCAAAAACUUCUUCAUGAAACAGUUAAAAUGCAGCCACAUCCUAGAGAUGGCACUCUGAUUGUUGCAAUCUUGACAACUGUAGCCAAAUUCAUCUCACAAGGCAAGGAUCUAUUGUCUUCUGAACAUGCCAUUCCCACAAUGCACCUUUUUCUCAUGAUACCAUGGACAGACAUCCAAGCAUCCCAGUUCCCAUCAUGUUUUGCAGCUGCUUUCCGCAUCCUGAACGAUCUUCUGAUGUGCUAUCCGGGAUCUGUUCUCAAAGCAGUGUCAGCGUUCAUCAGCUGUGUGAACUAUGUAUUAUCUGCUCUGAUUGAGAGAUGUUCACUCCAGACAACCGAGUUAAUGAGAGUUCAUGAAGAACAGCUCGUCACUUGUGCUGAGAAUAUGCAAAGGUUACUGUCUCUGAUAGCAUCACUGAAGAGUGAUAUAUCUCAAUAUGGGAUCUACCUUAUAGCUGAUUACAUCAAUGGAUUGCAGAAGACAACACUGCCCUCACAAGUCAAGACACCUCUAGUGGGCGGAAUCUACAAGAUUGUAGAUGUUUGCGACGAUAAGACCCUCUCUCUCCUCAACGUUACUCUACCAGUUUCUCUCAAGGAAGUGUUCCGUUCUUUCUAUGCUGAUUACAAGAAACAUCACAAAUAUACUGGUCAUGUGUAGUCCUUUACUUUGUUGCUAGUGUACAUGUAUUUCACAAAAAUGAGUACACCACGUGCAAAAGCUAGUUCCCAUGCAAUCAGAGUUGUACACCUCUUUAUCCAUCCUUGAUGUGUGUUGGGAAACAAGUAUCCUCGUCGGCAACUUGCAGAACACCCAUUUUCCACCUAGAAUUGUACUUCCAUGUGAAAUUUGUAUUUUGAAGUGAUGACACAAUGGCCUGUAUUCUGAACUAGGGUUCAACUUGGACCCUCUCCAUAAUCAUAGGAAGCCAAACAUGUCAAAAUUUGUUCACAUUGGUACGUUUCUUAUGUGCUCUUUCCUGGGGUCCGCUUCAUGAAAUGUGUCUUUCUCCGACAGUUACCAUGGCAACAGUCAGAGGCUAGUGCUUCUUAGCCAAUCAAAACCAAGGAUUUCACUGAAAUGGUCAGCUGGUGGUAGACGAGUUGAUAAUUGGACAAAUAUAUGAAAUUUUGAAGUGAUGUCAUAAUGGCACAUCUUCUGAACUGGGGUUUAACCCUAAAUAGACUGGGCUAUUUCGACGCCUAAGACUCGUCCGUCGACAUCACGACAAAAAUUGGCACGCGUGUAAUCACAUUUAUCUUCUUAUACAAUGUAUUUCCUUGUUUUUUUCAAUGGAAAUUGUUUUGAAAUUAUUUUGACCAUAAACAAGAUAAUUAAAUUAAUUGAUUUGAAAAU